UAUGAAUCUAUAUACUUUUGUCCCGCCUGGCUCGAAAGCGCCAUGAGUAGAGGACUUUCUACGGAACUCUCAAUUAAAACUGAAAACGUAGGAGAAGGUGACUUCUUCGUCUCAUUUACUACUCUCCCUUUCUCUAUCUAAACUUUCCCCCAAUUUCUGUUUCCAAAGCUAGUGAGAGAAAGGCAGGCAUGAGAGGAGGGGCCGAAGAGGCCGAGAUUGACCGCCUACCUAUCGACGUCCUCGCCCACAUAUUUGCUAUCAUCACUUGCUUCAAAGAUUUGGCUCAGGCUAGCAGCGUAUGCAGGAAAUGGAGGAAAGGAGUGAAGCAAUCGCUGGGUCGGAGAGAGAGACUGAGCUUUGCUGGUUGGAUAAUGGACGAUGAUUCCACCACUCGCCUUGUUCUUCACGCCUACAGUCUCAAGGAGCUCGACAUUUCAAGGAGCCGUUGGGGUUGCCAGAUAACAGACAAUGGACUGUACCAAAUAUCUUCAGCAAAAUGUGUCAGCAACCUAACCUCAAUAUCGCUGUGGGGUAUGACAGGGAUCACAGACGAAGGUGUUGUUCAACUGAUUUCAAGAGCUACUUCCUUGCAACACCUGAAUAUUGGUGGUACCUUUAUAACAGAUGAAUCUUUGUUUGCUAUUGCAAAUAGCUGCCCAAAUUUGAAGACUAUUGUCCUGUGGAGCUGCCGUCAUGUUACUGAGAGUGGACUUCUCAUUCUUGUAAAUAAAUGUCGCAAACUUGAGUCAAUCAAUGCAUGGGGUAUGAGGGUUCCUUUAAACUUCUUUAUCGGUUUGCUCUCUGUUAGUCCAGCUCUUCAGAUAAAGCCUGAAGGACUGCUGCUAAAUAUUGGAAGGAUUAAUAUGUGGCCCAUCGUUGGAUAAAACCUGAAGGACUGUUGUUAAAUAUCGAAAGGAUUUCUCUGUGGUGUAUUUUGUAUGGGUGUCACAGUUGUGGGUGCUUCUACAAACGCUCUGUAGUGCACAAAUUGUUUCUCUUUGUAUUUAUCAAUCCAAUAAACUGCAGGUGGGGGGUACCUUCGAACUCCUACAUCUGAUGUGAAUAUGGAAUUCUUCGUUGUGAACAAUGCUUACACAUGGUUAAAUUCAUUUAUCCUUAUUCCUUA